AUGACGACUCUCGACACACGGUCUGGUCAUGAGAAGUGGCGGCGCCUCGUUGGUCUGCUACUGCUGUUCACGACCGUCGUCUUGUGGACCGCCUCCAACUUUAUGGCCUCCACACUGUUCGCCGACAACACCUACUCAAAGCCCUAUCUUGUCACUUACGUUAACACCGCCUGCUUCAUCAUACCGCUCUUACCCAUCGUUGUGCGACGCCUGUACCUGAGCGGCUCCCUCAAGACUCCGAGAUACGCUGCUGUGCCCCAGGACCACGAUGAAGAUGUAUACACACAAGAACACACCAGCGACUCUGCCUCACAGAAGCUGAUUCCUAUCAACGAUGCUCAGGCUAUAGUCCCCUUGUCUUUGGGCGAGACCGCCCGUCUGAGUCUGGAGUUUUGCAUUCUCUGGUUCAUGGCCAAUUACUUCGUCGCUGCUUGUCUGGAGCACACCACCGUUGCAUCGUCCACCAUUCUUACCUCGACGAGCAGCAUCUUUACACUACUCCUGGGAUGCGCUGUCAAUGUCGAGAUCUUUACUCUGCGCAAACUCUUUGGCGUACUGGCUUCUUUGCUUGGUGUAGUUCUGAUCUCUUCUGUCGACCUCUUUGGCAACAACGACAAUGGCCGCGGCUCGUUUCCUCACAAGGAUGCACGUCAGGUUGCUCUGGGUGAUGCAAUGGCUUUGCUGUCUGCUGUCUUGUACGGUGUCUAUGCCGUGCUCAUGAAGAAGCGCAUAGGCGACGAGCGCAGAAUCAGCAUGCCGGUUUUCUUUGGCCUCGUCGGUCUCUUCAACGUCCUGCUCCUAUGGCCUGGAUUUUUGGUCUUGCACUUUACUGGUGUCGAGCCCUUUGAGCUGCCCCCGACUUCGAGAGUUACGACGAUUAUUCUCGUCAAUUCGUUCAGCUCAUUGCUCUCUGAUAUCGCAUGGGCUUAUGCUGUGCUACUCACUUCGCCCAUUGUCGUCACAGUAGGCCUCUCGACCACCAUCCCGCUGUCUCUGAUCGGACAGCUUCUCAUCAACAACCAAACCUCGCCUGCUAUUUACUGGUUAGGCGCUUUUGUUGUCGUCUUGUCAUUUGCAUUUGUCAAUCACGAAGAAGCUCAAGACGAGGCUGCCCAAGAUCAAAGGAUCCUAGAGGAGUCUGCGAGCAUUAGAGGGGUGCAACAGCACGAGGAAGCCUGA